UUGUAAAUCAAAUCACAAAUCACAAAAUAAUUGUUUCAUUUAGUAGUCAAUUGCUUAUGCACAUGCAUCAAUUAAUUGUUUUAGGACAUCACUGACUUAUGUUUACUCUGCUCUUAAUAUGAACAUAAUAUAUAUAAGAUAUAACAUAACAUUAGUCUAAAAUAUGUUUUUAAACUCAAUAUUUACUUUAAAAUAUUUGUGUAGAUUAGUGAGUUUCCCACAUUUUCUCAGUUAUUACGUGCAGUUUUGUCAGUUUGAAGCUGUUUUUGAGUCUGAAGCUUCACAGCAGGUUCACUAAAAAAAAAAAAUCAAUGGGAAUUCUGGACUAAUUCAUCCUGGCAUCCACUCAGGGGGUAAACGCUGACCUUACGUAUAUUCUCUGUUGUUAGCGGUUUAUUUUUAACUACGAUAAAAAUGUUUAAACAUUUUCAUUAGCGACGUUGUUAGUGAUGAUAUGAUUUUAAUACGCUUUACUUUCUCACAAUUAUAUUAAAAAAAUCAAAUCGACACCCCCCCGUUUCUCGCUCGCUUGGUACAGUCUGAGACAAACCGAGGGAGUAGUCGGCGCUGCGUUCUGCCUUCUGUUUAGUACUUUUUAAUGUUUUUAUUCCGAACAUUUAGUCAUUUAACGCAACGGAAACGCGACAUUUACGUCGUUUAGAUGUUGUUUUGUUUUAUUUCCACGUAAACGUUGGACUGGAACGCGUCUAAAUUGGUGUAAAAUCCCGCCGGAGGACUUAGUCCGGGAUAAAAGUUCAAAAGUGCGUGAUGCCAGAGAACGGAGGAGGUUUGCUCUCUGUGAGCAGAGCAUACAACACUCAUUAUUUCACUAAUCCAGUCAUGGAGGAAACGGUGUGGGAGCAGUACACAGUGACCCUGCACAGGGAUUCAAAGAUGGGCUUCGGCAUCGCCGUGUCAGGAGGGCGGGACAACCCCAACGACGACACUGGCGAGACGUCCAUCGUGGUGUCUGACGUCCUGCAGGGAGGACCGGCCGACGGCCUCUUAUUUGAGAAAGACCGAGUGGUGCAGGUGAACGCCAUCCCCAUGGACGGAGCCAUCCACUCGUUUGCCGUGCAGACGCUGAGGAAAUGUGGCAAAGUGGCCAAAAUUACGGUGAAGAGACCCAGGAAAGUUCCAGUCAAUGUUGUAAAUCGUCCGCCGUCUCCCGACGAUCGCGUCUUCAACAACGACUACAAUGACGACUACGGCUACGACCAGGACCGCCGCAGUGCGUACAGCGGGGGGCGGGACCACAGCCCGGAGCGAGGCGGCGGAGGCUACAUGGACUCCGGAUACCCGCCCCACGAGCGCGACUACGACAGGGACUACGACCGCCGGGAGCGCGGCAGGAUCCCGGAGAGGGAGCCCAGCCCGGACCGGCAGUACCGGAGGGACGGCAGCAGAGGGCGCACUCUGGACCGUAGCCCCGACCGCCGCUACAGGAGCGACCACAUGCUCGACCGCGACUACAGUCCGGAGAGGAGGCACCGGGACCACAGCCCGGACCGCCGCUACCGCAGCGAGAGAGCCCUGGACAGGGAGUACAGCCCGGACAGACGCUUCCGCAGCGAGCGCACCCUGGACCGCGCCAACAGCCCCGACCAGCGCUACAGGCGCGACAGCUACAGCCCGGGGCGAGGCCGCGGACGCGAGCCCAGCUUCGAGCGAGGCCGAGAACGUGUUCCCAGUGAGCCGAGGAAGUACGAGGAGCCGGUCCGGCGCAGCGGGAGCAGGGACCGCCUGGACCGCUCGCCGUCGCCUCCCGCCAUGCCCAUCCCUCUGCCCCGACCCGCACGGGACCUGGAGCCGCUGGAGAGACCGGUGAACGUGGUGCUGCUGAAGAACCGACCCAACGAAGAGUACGGUCUUCGUCUGGGCAGUCAGCUCUUCAUCAAGGAGAUGACCAGCACUGGACUCGCCUACAGAGAUGGGAACCUGCAGGAAGGAGACAUCAUACUCAAGAUUAACGGCACGGUGACGGAGAACCUGUCCCUGAGCGAUGCCGGGAAGCUGAUCGAGAAGUCGCGCGGGAGGCUGCAGCUGGUGGUGCAGAGGGACAAGCAGCAGGUGCUGAUCCGUGUGCCGCCCAUGGUCGACAGCGACUCCGAGCUCGACGAUAUCUCAGAGAUCGAGUCAUACCGCUCCUACUCACCGCAGGACGACAGGCGAGGUCACCACUCUGACCUCUCGUCACACUCGUCCAACGAGAAGCUCAGGGAAAAGUCCAGGGAUGAUCCACCCAGCAGGCUGGCAAAGAUGGGCGCGAUGCCGACGCCGUUCAGAGCGCCCGACAGAGCCGCCGAAGACCCGCCCCCUGUGCUGGCAGAGAGGGAGGAGCCACCACCACAGACGCCACCAGCAGCAGCAGCUGUCGUCACCGCAGCCUCUAAGUUCUACGCUCCUUCUAAGGUGCCGGUGAAGCCGAGCGUAGAAGACCAGGACGUUUACGGACCGAACACAAUCAUGGUGCAUUUCCAGAAAGGCGACAGCGUGGGUCUGAGGCUGGCCGGAGGAAACGACGUCGGCAUCUUCAUCGCCGGCGUUCAGGAGGACAGCGCCGCGGAGCAGGAGGGUCUGCACACAGGAGAUCAGAUCAUGAAGGUGAACAGCACAGAUUUCAGAGGCAUGGUGCGUGAGGACGCCGUCCUCUACCUCCUGGAGAUCCCCAAAGGAGAGGAUGUAACCAUUCUGGUUCAGAGUAAACCUGAAGUGUACGAGGACAUCCUCGAGUCAGGCAGAGGCGACUCCUUCUACAUCAGGACCCACUUUGAGUACGAGAAGGAGGCGCCGCAGAGUCUUCCCUUCUCCAGAGGAGAGAUCUUCAAAGUGACGGACACGCUGUACGACGGCAAACUGGGAAACUGGCUGGCGAUCCGCACGGGCAAAGACAACCAGCUGUUAGAGAAAGGAAUCAUCCCCAACAAGAGCAGAGCCGAGCAAAUGUCCAACGUCCAGAACGCUGCUCGGGCGGCGUCGGGCAAUGACAGAGGAGACUUCUGGAGGCUGAGGGGUCAAAGGGCAGCGAAGAAGAAGGACCUGCGCAAGAGCCGUGAGGACCUGAGCGCCGCCCCGGUGGCCACCCGCUUUCCUGCCUACGAGAGAGUGGUGUUGCGUGAAGCUGGAUUCAAGAGGCCCGUGGUGAUAUUUGGACCCAUUUCUGACGCCGUCAAUGAGAAACUGGCCAACGACAUGCCGCACAAGUUUGUCAUCGCCAAAACGGAGCCUAAAGACGCCGGAACUGACAAAUCCUCUGGAGUCGUGAGACUCAACACCAUUCGACAAAUCAUCGAACAGGACCUCCACGCUCUCCUGGACGUGACGCCCAAAGCCGUGGACACGCUGAACUACACGCAGUGGUAUCCCAUUGUUGUUUUCCUCAACCCGGACUCCAAGCAGGGAGUCAAGACCAUGAGGAACCGCAUCUUACCCGGGUCCAACCGCAGCGCGCGCAAACUGUAUGAGCAGGCAGUCCGACUGAGGAAGACCUGCUCACACCUCUUCACCGCGACCAUCGACCUGAACUCGGCCAACGAUGCGUGGUACGGCAGCGUGAAAGACACCAUUCAGGAGCAGCAGGACCGAGCGGUGUGGGUGUGUGAGGGCAAGCUGGACGGCACGGAGGAGGACCUGGAUCUCCACGAUGACCGCAUGUCCUACCUGUCCGCACUGAGCGCCGACUACCUGAGCAUGGACAGUCGCCUCGCAAGCGACUACGAGGACACCGCAGACGAGGGCGGGGCUUACACCGACAACGAGCUGGACGAGCCCAUGGACGAGCCGCAGCCCGUGUCGGCCAUCGGUCGCUCGUCUGAGCCGGUGCUGCCGGACGAGAAGUCUCACCCUGAACCUCGGGCUCGUAUGAGGAGGUCAGGGAGCAGAGAGGUGUUGACCAGAGAGCCCAGUCCUCCCCCUGCUUUUGUCCCUGAACCCCCAAAGGUUCGGACUCAGACUCGGACUGACUCAACGCGCAGUUACGACUCUCACACCGGCAGCGUCGUCAGCAGUGACCCUGCAGGUGGAAAUAGACCACUUCCACAUCCACUUCCACCCCCUGUGGCCCUGAAGCCCACCCUCACCCGCACAGCAAACCCCCCCACAGAGGAGCAGAGGAGUCCGGGUCAGGAGGAGGAAGACCCGGCCAGCAAGUCCUUCCUGGGCAAGAAAAAAGGCGACCAGAUUAAAGCGUUUGAGAAAAUGGAUCAUUUGGCUCGAGCUCAGAGGAUCCUGGAGCUGCAGGAGGCGGAGAACGCAAGACUGGAAAUCGCACAGAAACAUCCAGACAUCUACGCUAUCCCAGUGAAGCUACCAAAACCCAACAUCAACCGUCCACAGCCAAUCGGGUAAGAGAGUUCAGAGCGUCGCCUUGUGCUGCCUGCAAGUUCCCCUGUUUCAAACAGAAGUAACAAACGUUUCUUUUCACCUCCUGGUGAAACUCACCACGUUGUGUCUGGCUCCGUACACUUGUUGUGAAACCACACAAGACGACGGUUUCUUUAAUGGAUGCAAUUAUAGGAACACUAGACUCAGAAGUAACGUCGCAUUUCUUUUUCACCAUCAGCCAAAACAUUGUUGCACUUUGUCUCUGUUGAGGAAACGUCUGCAGAGAAGAAACCAUCAUCUUGUGGUGGUUUCUAAACAAACCGUAACACAACAUGGCGAGUUUCACCGUUCACUUUUUGGAAGACGACAGCCA